AUUUCUUCAUUGCAUAGCAACAAAUUUUAACCCUUACAGAAAAAUAAGUGAUAAUCACCACGUAAAUGUGCAAAUAUAAAUCUUUCAACCUUGCCAGUCAAAAUUUGAUGUCACACAUGCAUGCAUUUGUUUUUUAAGUCAAAUUCAAAGGUAACAAUAAUUUGUAUUUUCUUCACUCGAAAUCAGAAACCAACCUUUAUAAAAUUAAUUAUUGGAGAGGAUGACACAAUUGAUAAUUACGAAGUCAGUUUAGUGGCCAAAUGAUCUGAGACGUAAAAAAAUGGCAACUACUUUUAAUCUCACCUCCAUCUUUACCACCAUCGCCACGACCACGGCGAAAACUAUUAAUGACACUAUUAAUACUACAACGGCAAAUCCGAAGCAUGUAUGCGAAGACUACACACAGAAGUGUACAAAUCACAGUGCACUUGGCACCCUAUGGCUCCCGAUACUGCCUGGAGAGGACUUGUGGCGCCAGUGGAUUCGUGGUAUCGUCUACUUCUUGGCCCUCGUCUGGUUCUUCAUCGGGGUGGCAAUCGCAUCUGACAUUUUCAUGAACAGUAUCGAAUAUAUUAUCUCAAAAUCUAAGACGAUCCCAUUUGAUGUCGGGAGUGGAGGAAAAGAAUUUCAAACCACUAUAAAAGUAAAUGUCCGGGUGUGGAAUCCUACAGUCGCGAAUCUCACAUUGAUGGCGUUGGGAUCUUCUGCCCCCGAGAUUCUCCUCUCUGUAAUCGAAACGUUGAACCACGAAUUCGUAUCCCAACCGGGUGACCUCGGACCCGGAACUAUUGUGGGGUCGGCGGCCUUUAAUUUGUUAUUUAUUACGGCCGUAUGUGUCAUCGGAGUGCCGAGGGGAGAGAUUAGGAGGAUCGAUAUUUACAAUGUGUUCAUCAUCACAACGUUGUUUUCUCUUUUCGCGUACCUAUGGCUCUGGCUCGUCCUAGAGGUUAUAUCGAAAGACGUGGUUGAACUCUGGGAAGCGCUUGUGACUCUGUUCUGCUUUCCUGGUCUGGUCAUGAUCGCGUGGUGGGCCGACAAUCAGUUCUGUUUCAAUCCGAGGAAGAAUUUGAGAAAGAGUUUGGUCGAAAAGGCGACCGAAAUUCAGCGAGAGAUGGACGGCGGACAGGAGGAAAGCGCGACACCGAGUCUACUCAGAGGCGAUGAGAAUCCUCUUUACAAUUCAAACGGUGAAAUCAACUCGGCUGCAUUGCUCUCAUUUUACAAAGAGAUUCGUGGUAAUGCCGAACUCACGGAUGAGGAAGCCGCGUCCCUCGUGGCGUACAAAUUGGUCCAGACACGACGCCAUUCUCGUUUGUGGUAUCGAAUGGGGGCUUGUCGAGCGUUGAUGGGGUCAGUCAAAUUACAGCCCGCCCUGAACGAGAAGCUACAACAAGUUUUCAACAUGAUCAACGAUUUUGAGAAGAAGAGACCUUCCGCAGCCCUCACCGUGAUAGAAGUGAGUCCGGAAAUGCUGCACAAAAAAGCCAUCUUUGAUUUUCAGGCUGCAUCGUUCUCGGUCCCGGAAAACAUUGGAACUCUCACAGUCACCAUUUUACGAACUGGCAGGGUCGACAACGAGGUCACCCUGAGAGUGUUGAGUAUCGAGGGCACGGCGAAAGAGGGUUCCGACUAUGAAAAGGUCGAUGUUAAAGUCGUUUUUGAGCCCUUCGUAAAUGAGAGGACCGUCGAUAUAAAAAUCAUCGACGACAACCAAGCUGAGCCCGAUGAGAGUUUCUUUCUCCGUUUAACCGUCGAAAAUGGUCUCAUGCGUGACGACGCUAUGCUCGGUCCAACCCACACGAUGGAAAUCACUAUCGUCGACGACGACAAUCCAGGAACAAUCUCAUUCGCCAAGAGGGGAAUGCUCGUUUCCGAAACGACGAGACAAGUCGACGUAGAAGUCGUCCGAACCAAUGGCGCCGACGGGAUUGUGUCCGUCAAGUGGAAAACCGUACCAGAUCCGAUGGGAGGAGUAAAGCACCCCACAGGAAUGGUGGGAAAGUUGACCUUCCAGCAUGGAGAAAAAUCCAAGCUGCUCCACAUCCCCCUCUUCCAGGACAACAAUCAGGACAGAAGUGCCGAGACGUUUGACGUAUUUCUGACCGAGACCGAGGGUCGAGCCCUGAUGGGGAAAAUGGUCAAGGCGUCCAUCACGAUCUCUGACGAUGCUGCAUUUCAGGACACGGUGAACAAGGUUGUUGAGCUGGCUGCGGCCGAAAUGGAAAUCAUCUCUGCCCAUAACACGAUCGGGGACCAGUUGAUUCAAGCAUUCAAAGUUGGGGAUGACGAUGAGCCAACGAGGAUGGAUUAUGUGAUGCAUUUGAUUUGUCUCCCGUGGAAAGUGCUGCUUGCGCUGAUCCCACCACCGAGUUAUUUGGGAGGUUGGCUCUGCUUUUUAAUCAGUUUGUUCACGAUUGGUGUUUUGACCGCGGUUAUUGGAGAUAUUGCGACCGUUUUUGGCUGUAUUGUCGGACUCAAGCCGACCAUCACGGCUAUCACCUUCGUCGCCCUUGGGACGUCUCUGCCUGAUACUUUUGCCUCCAUGGCGGCCGCAAAACAUGACGACACUGCAGACAAUGCAAUAGGAAAUGUAACGGGCUCAAACUCGGUCAACGUCUUUCUCGGACUAGGUCUCCCGUGGACGAUGGCAACAAUUUUUCACGCAGUCAGGGGCACGCCGGGUGGUUAUAAUGUACCCGCCGGAUCGUUAGGAUUCUCUGUCCUGGUUUAUUCCGCGGUUGCAAUUGCUGCGGUUGGACUCUUGACAGCGAGGAGAUUUUUGAAGGUUUUUGGAAAAGCGGAACUGGGUGGGUCUACGGGACCAAAGAUUAUAACCUCAUUGCUCCUAGUAGGACUUUGGCUGCUGUAUGUGACACUGUCGUCCCUCGAAGCGUAUACGAUUAUCAAAUGGGUCGAACAUGCGCAAUGUUAGAUGACGGGAUUGAUAAUAGGGACACGAUUAAACUACUAGUAGCGUACCUAAUUGGGAGUGGUUUAUAUACAUAAUUAGUGCUUGAUUAUGACUGGGGUUUCAAAAUAACAUAUAAACAGUUUGGUUGGACCAUAUGAAAUAUACUGAAGUACUUUCAUUAUUA